GCUAGGUGGGGCGCUGGCGGCUCUGUGCGCGUGCUCGCGGCCGGUGCCGCAGGGUGGUGAUGGGCGCCAGGGUGACUCGCGUGUUCCGCAACUUCAACCUGGAGAGCCGGGCCACCCGCGAGAUCAGCAAGGAGAAGCCCACGUCCGCCCCCCGCCACCCCGUCGCCAGGCCGGGCCCGCUGCCCGAAAUCCAAGAGGAAAUUCGCAGAAAAGAUGACAAACUUCUCGCCUUAUUAAAAGAGGUUUACGUUGAUUCCAUAGAUCCACCUAUGCAAGUAAAAGACAAAGGUGGAAGUAAACAGCAGGAAUACAGACUUACAAAACUUGGUCAUUUAAGGGAUCUAGAUAUUCCGAGCAUUCCCAAAGGCAAAAUUUCUGUGGUGGAGGUUCUGACUCUUCUCAAUAAUCAUAAACUUUCUCCACAAACAUGGACCACAGAGAAAAUAGCAAAGGAGUACAAUAUAGACUUGAAGGAGGUCACCUCUCUCUUAGAAUUCUUCAUACCUUUUGCUGUGGAAAUCUUUCCUCCCAAAGACAGAAAAGCUUUAAAAUCUUCCUAAAAGUGAUUGGCAAAAUCUUGGUUUAUCCACUGGUGUCUUCAUUUGACACUUCACAUACACUGUUUGUGUGGGAAUUUGGUCUCAUGCUCUUAAAGGUUGCCCCCUUGUAGCAGUAAAAUGCUUUAUUUAAAUGAUUGCAUUUUCUGUGUGAUUGCUGCAUGUGAAAAUAAUGUAUUUGAUAUAUUCUGGUUCAUAACCUGUCUUAUUUAUGCCAAAUAAGGAGACAAUCAGUAAAAUCUGUUCAGGACAAUAAAUGAUCCACUUAAAUUGUU